CUAAAAUGUCUUUUUACUCUCACCCUGAGAUUAUCAGAUACUUCUACCGCAUCAAGAGACUGGAUAAGAAAGCAAGAGUAAUGGCACUUGAUGUUGGUAGAAAGUACAUUGGAUGAGCUAUAUCCUGCACAGAAAUAAAAGAAGCAAUUCCUUAUAAAACUUAUGAAAUUGAUCCCCAAUAUAACCAAUCGAAUUAUGAUUUCGGAGCUCACACUGAUUUCUACCAAAUGUUGAUGGAGGACAUGAGGAGAAGAAAGAUCAAGUCCCUCGUUGUAGGAUACCCUCUUGAUGAGAACAAGAAUAUUACCCCAAUGUGCACUUUCAUUGAAAAUUUUUGUGAUCAUUUACUAAAAGAAAAGAUCUUCCCAUUCCCUCUUACACUAAUCGACGAACACAGGACUACAAAGGAAGCUGCUCUGAAGAUGUUAAAGCAGAACCAGAGCUCCCCAUCCCGAAUUGCUGCUGGAGGUAUGAACGAGAAAGCCCAGCCAUUUGGAAGUUAUUUCAAGACUCAACUUUUGUACCAAAAAUCUGUAUUUGAUGUGCUUGCUGCACAGACCAUAUUGGAACGCUUCUUAGGGAUGUACAACAAAGAGAUAGAAAGCUAUAAAACUAUUAGAAAUCAAGAGCUAGCUUAGUCAAAUUUACCAAUUUCUCCCCAAUAACAAUGCUAAAUCUUAAUAAUCCCCAAAAAUUUACAACCCACAUCCUCUCUCUUCAUCAUCCUCCCUUAAUAUUGCUCUUCCUGAAUUCUACCUACACUUAACACAAU